GUCAAAAAAGCGUUUUCGACAGAAACCGAAGCCGCCGACAUUUUUUGAGGUUACCGACGACAAUAUCACCUUAAUUUUAAUUUAUUUUGGCUUGAAAUUAAUAGAUACAAUUUAUUCAAAAUGACGAUCGGCAAAAACAAUAAGAUGAUCCAGCACAUCAACUACCGCGUUCGAAUUACGCUUCAGGACUCUCGGACGUUUAUCGGUACUUUCAAAGCCUUCGACAAACAUAUGAACAUGAUUUUGGGAGAUUGCGAGGAGUUUCGCAAAGUAAAACCGAAAAACUCCAAAGUAGAACGGGAAGAGAAGAGAGUACUAGGGUUCGUACUUCUUCGAGGGGAAAGCAUUGUUUCCUUGACCGUAGAAGGCCCACCUCCACCCGAGGAAGGUUUGCCAAGAGUACCGAUUCCUGGAGCAACUCCUGGACCAGGAAUGGGGAGAGCAGCCGGCCGUGGUAUGCCUGCAGGCAUGAGCGGAGUCCCUGUAGGGCUUCAAGGGCCUGUUAGGGGUGUCGGUGGACCCUCGCAGCAAGUAAUGACUCCGGGAGGAAGAGGUCAAGUAUCAGCGCCACCUCAAAUGAAUCACGGCCCACCUAGAAUGGGUAUUCCACCACCCGGCAUGAUGGGGGGUCCCCCACCAGGCAUGAUGCCACCUAACGCUAUGGGUAUGGGCAGGGGGGGUCCACCACCAAUGGGAAUGAGAGGUCCCCCACCUGGUAUGAUGAGAGGGGGACCACCACCCAGGGGAUACUAAAUUAAAUAAGUUGAUUUAUGUAACUGUAAAAAAUAUAAUUAUGAUAUAGGUUUAAGCUGCUUGGUUACAUUCAAUAAGUAAAAUAAAAUGUUGUAUCACUUG